GCAAAAAAAAAAAACAGAAAAGAUGAAACGAUAAGUUGUUAGGAAAAAAAAAGUUUCAUCGAUAAGGUAUUUCUCAAAACGUUGUUGGGCUCAUCAAUCUACGGCCUAUAUGCGUCGUAUCCGCCAGUGACCAUCCGUCAGACAUCACGUGACUUCGUGAUUAACCCGGCGCAAACUGGAGCGCGCGGAAGAACGAAUAUAACAGGGCGUAACAGGGUAUGGAACAAGUUAUUACUUCCCAUUUUUCGACAACAAUGAUUCACGUACAACAUUCAUAAUGUGUAGUACUAAAAAUUUGGGUUUUUAUCGUAUAAAAACUCGGGAUUAGAGGUUCAUCAGUCUUAUAGGCCCGGCUGCUCUCGACAGUCAUGAAAAUGAAAAUGUAUUUUGUUCUUUAUCUCACAAAAGUUUUUUAUUUUUCAGUCAUUUUAUUCAGCCAAAUCCUACGCUGACCCCAAUCCUUUAAGAGUCUAGUAGCUGGUUGUUUCUAUUCUUCUUUUUCUUCUUUGUUAAUUUGAAGUCUGUUUUUAAAAAUAAAAUAAAAAUGUUUUAAACCAUUUUUCCGCACUGCCAAUUGUAGCAUAAGAAAACGACAGCCAAGAAAAAUUCCAGAAUAAUUCACGAAUUAGAUGUCGUAGCACGACCGAGAUAAGUCGAUAUAGUAACCUUGAUUGGGAGAUAAAAGCCUGUCAGCAAAUAUUAAGCUAAAUAUAUAUCCUCUGAACUCGGUCUAUUAUUUUCAGCUCGUCGUGCAGCAACCCCGGCCCCCGUUUGACGGCAAUCCAUUGCACGGAAGACUCUCAUUUUGAGCUUCCAAAAGAAUUUUUUUCCUUUUUUCCUUCGCGGAAACUUUUUUUUUCACAACAUUUUUCGGCCCAGUUUAAGUUGAAGACCGACGAUCAAUUUCGAAUGAAUCACGAAUUUUCCCGCUCAGCAAUAUAUAUGCUAUUACGACAUACAUAUAUAGCAGCAGCAGCAUAUCAAUAAAGUAUAGAAAGCUAUAGACUUAUUAGGCACAUGUCUGUAAAUGAGUUGUUCGUGAAGUUUGCUGAUGAUUGCCGACGAUCGAUAUCAAAUGGAGCAGUCUGACAUGACCCGCGCGUUUCCCUUUUACAUGUCGUGACCGUACGACCGAUUGCAGGUCGAUUCAACCUACUACAUAACAUGUUAUACUAUAUCGAAUUGAUGAUGGACGAGUCUAUAUACUAUAAUCACCUUUAUACAGGUUUACAUUGAUACAAUAAGUUUCCACCAUCAAAGUUUUCCAGGAAAAUAGUCUAUGGCUCUCGCAUGGAAACCAUCAAUCGAUAUUAUUGGUUCAAAGUGAUUUUAUGGCCUAGACGAUAUUAUACGUGUCCGGUACUAUAUACUACAUGUGCGCGAUGCGAAGUUGUAUAUAUUGCACUGCACAAGGUUAUCGGAACCCGGUGUCAAAAGUGUUUACUAAAAGUUAUUCAAUCCGACUCUCUCUAACGGCGGUCUAUAAGAUAUUUUGCGUUUCAGAUUAUAAGUUAGGCGAAGCACAUAUUUGGAUCGACUAUAAUGUUACACCGCCGACUAAUUCAUUCCUUCCGACAUAUUUGCGUCGCUGAUAAACAGCGCAACUGCGUCAUAUUUUUUCUGAAAUUGUACUGAACUGAAUCACGUGGGAAUUUGGGCGAUUUUUCCGACUCGAAUUUAUGAAUUCGAGAACUGAUUGCGUUAUGACGUUCUGUAUGAACUUUAUUAUUUAAAAAAAAAAGAUUGCCGAGUGUCAUAAACGGGUGUUUUUCGUGAUUGCGAUGUUUAAUGACUUUCGUUUUUACAAGCCUCAUAAACGCCAAAAUGAUGAGCGCAGAAAAAAAGGGACUAGACGAACUUGUUUUUCCAUCCAUCCGUUUGCUUCUUUUUGAUUCUCUCUCCUGGUGUGUGUUCGGAUUACAUCAGAAUGCCAGACACAACACAUGAUGGAUCGAUUUUAUUUCUAGGAAAGCCUGUAUAUAUCUCACGGCACGUGUAUUUAUUAUAUGUGAACGGCGCCAACAAUAAGCCCUCUCAUUCACUCAUCCGUCCAAUCUAUUAUACAUCUUUCGUGAGGAUACGCCAAACACACCAGAUGGCUCUGCUGGUGUCAAUGUUUUUCUUUUGUUUCAACUAGCAGUCGACGGCCGCACACAAUCACGUGGCGGCGUUUGAUAGAGCGGAACAAAGUGUAAAUAAUAACCACUAGACUCUUGAAUUAUUUCCCAAGUUUUUAACGACAAUUUUUUAAGAGCUUCCUGGAGUUGUUGCUUGUCAAACUUUGUGAUUGCUAUUAAUAAGCGGGCUGCGAAUGUACAACUCGGUCGGUAAGUGGCUAGUUAUUCCAUCAGCACGAACUGCUUCUCGUCAAUUUAGUUUGUCUAAUCGCUGCAAUGAAUCCCGCCAACGUUUUGAACGCUUGUUGGUUCUCGAUUUUGAGGCCACCUGCGAUAGCCAACGUGGCACCAUUCGACCACAGGAGAUUAUCGAGUUCCCUGUUCUCAAUGUGGAGACAAAUGGGUUUGAGAUAGUGGGCACUUUUCAUCGCUAUGUCAAACCACAAGUCCACCCCACCCUGACACCUUUCUGCACCAGCCUCACAGGGAUUAUUCAGGAUAUGGUCGAAGAUGCAGCCCCCUUGAAAGAAGUAAUGGAAGACUUCCACAAAUGGCUCCUAUCUCAACAUCUGCUAAACAAAGAAUUCGCUGUCGUGACUUGCGGCGAUUGGGACUUGAAGGAGCUCCUCCCACGUCAAUUCCUCCAUACGGGACAGGUCGUACCUGCUUAUUUCAAGUCGUGGAUCAAUAUCAAGAUGAUAUUCGCCGAGUCCACUGGAGUUUACCCACGUAAUCUGCCUCACAUGUUGUCCCACGCCAAACUGGUCCAUUUUGGUCGAUUACACAGUGGAAUUGAUGAUUGCCAUAAUAUUGCAGCGGUUGUUCGUUUCCUGGGCCGGCGUUCUCAGUGCUGGCGACUGACAAGUUUUUUGGAAGAUUAAAUAACAACAAUUGAGUAUUAUCCGUGUCAGAAAAUAAAGCUCACUUGAACCGUAUCGUCCAUUAUUGUCGGCCAGAAAGUGCAGUGCAUAAAAAAAAGGACAAUUUCACGUACAUACAUACCGCCCUUGUCUAUAUUAUAUAUAAAAGGGUUAAAAAAUCA